AUGCCGGGUGCUUUUACCUCAAAAAAGAGACUCGCUUAUAUGGGCUCAGCCUCAUCUUCUUCCUCAUCAUCGCUUCAUCCACUCAAUGGUGGAGUGGCUGAUCCAUCUUCUGUGUUUCAUCAAUCCCAGCAACAACAAGUCUCAUCCGACUCGCUUCUUGCACAUGAAGGCUUUUCAUCUGAAAUCAAACUACAACCAAAGAAGAAUGAUUGGACAUCUUCAACGAAAACCAUUCACGAGUCGUUCCACCACAGCAUUUCGAACUCGUCGAGUCGUUCCACGCGACCCUCACUGAAAGCCUCCUCCUCACUGCCCUCUUCCAUUCACGUGAAUCAUUCGUAUCCGUUUCAUCCUCUGAAAAUGUAUCAACAUCAUCCAGAAGUGUUCGGAACCUCGAGCCUUAAUGAGCCUCAACACAUCCAGCUGGAAUUUAUGAAACCUCAUUCUCUAGUGUUUUCCUCAACGUCUUCGUUAUCCUCGUCGACAAUGAAUCAUUCGAACACGACUCACAAGUCCUCAUCAUCCAAUGGAGAAGACCAUUCGCAUGAAACCGACGAUACUGCCACCAAAGCAAAAAACAAAAUCUCUCGAUAUGCUUCCCUUCCGGAUCAUAUUUAUGUAAAGCCAAUGAGUUAUAAUAAUUCAACAACAACAACUACCAGUCCACAUUAUUUAGCUCCUCCUCCUCCAACUAAAGAUGCCCUCCAAUCAUUUGCCUCAUAUGAAUCAUAG